GUACGAUACAGUAUUCAUAGUAUCGUUAUACAUUCAUUAAGUAUAGAACACUGAAGUGGAAUUACAAAUGGAGGACAGCAGUUGUUUGAGAAAAACAGGAGAUAUGUUAGACGUAAAUACGAACAGCAACCUGACUGAAAUGGUUGCACCGGCAGCAGUUUGCAACUUUAGACCAGAUUUAAAUACAUCGGGUUUGCGUGAAAUGCCAUACGCAAGGAAUUUACAACGGCCAAGAGGUGCACCGCUGCUUGAACAGUCAAAUCCAUAUAUUUCAAAAUUUGACUCAAAUCCAAAUUCAGGUUCGAUUUUAACCGUUGAUUCAAGCCACCCACCCAAUCUUUCUGGUGGGAUAUAUCGACAACAUUCUUUCACGAACGCUCCCACUUUAAACUCGGAUGCCAAUCUUAAAGUUGAACUUUGCGAUCGAAAAUUAUGGCAAGAGUUUUCAAACGUUGGGACAGAAAUGAUAGUAACGAAAGCAGGGAGACGAAUGUUUCCUGGCUAUCGAGUAAAUAUAUCUGGAAUGGAACCGGAUGCUAAUUAUUGCGUCAUGAUGGACAUUGUAAACGUAGACGAACAUAGAUAUAAAUUCCAGCAAGGCGAAUGGAUGGUGGCAGGUAAAGGAGAGCUUCAUUCACCACAGAGAAUGUUUCUUCAUCCUGAUAGUCCAUCACCGGGUAGAAAAUGGAUGAAUGACAUAAUUUCUUUUUAUAAAAUCAAAUUAUCAAACUCCGUAAACGGUCGAUCCACAGACAAGAUCGUUCUGAACUCCAUGCAUCGGUAUCAACCUCGUAUCCACAUCGUUCGUACUGAUGACGUCAAUACUCUGCAUCUUCAACCGAUGUCAACUUUCGCUUUUCCACAAACUGUUUUCGUUACAGUCACAGCCUACCAAAACGGACAGGUAACAAAACUCAAAAUCAACAACAAUCCAUUUGCGAAAGGUUUUCGUGACAACGGUGGAAGGUCGAACAAAACGAACCGAUCAUCAUCGGGCAGAGGAUCGAUUGGUUUAGUACAACCGAGCAAUGAGGAAGAAAAUACAAAAGAACCUCAUUCUGAAGAAACCAGAAAUUCUCAAACUCGAAAGCGCAAAGCGAACAAGUUGGAGUAUGCAAUCGAGUCCGAACAUAAAUUAAUGCACUACUCGUAUCAGAGUGAAUCCAACACAAACAAAACAGUUCCGUUGGAUCGUCUAAAUCCCGCUGCAGUAGUUGGGCCUACAACUGGUUACCCGUUCUAUUCCUAUCCACAAGCGAUUCAUCAUACCCCAACAGCACCACAUCCUCUUUUACACUACCCACCACCAAUGAGAAACUUGUUUAGUGGGCAGUCGCAUGAACCAACAAGUACUUUGCCGCUCAGCCGUUUCGGUAUUCCUCCAACAUACGAGUAUCACAACUUGUAUAACCCAUUCCACUUUCAAAUACCAAACCCUUCUACACAUACGCCUUUUGUUCCUGUUUCUGGGGUGACGAGUGAAACCGAACAGAAAUACGACUUCCCUUCUAAACACGACUUAGAUUCUUCAACACUAACAAAUACCUCGCCCACAAACGCACAGUCGAUCUAUUCCAUGCUGCAUGCCAAUACCAAUUGGAAUAACCCUUUUAACGUUUCUAAAACAAACAGCGAAUAUUAACUCGACAAUUUUUCUUGUUACAAGUUACUUACAGGCAUAGUAUACA